ACCUUUGCCCCCGACAUGACAGACUGCCUUGCUGUCUGCUCGCACCUAAUCACAGGUCAAAGUCUGCUCUCCGGCUGGCAGAGUCAGUACGAGCAGAGUGUGUUGUUGUCGCUCACUCUUCUGUCCUCCUGUCAACCUGUCAACACCACCAUGCUGCUCCGGACUGUGCUCCUGCUCCUCCUCUGUGUGUCCACGGGCAUUUGUGCCACUUUAGGCCACUACCAGGCCCGAGCUGAGGAGGAGGAGGAGGGGGCGCCCGCUGUCACCGAUGCAGCUGAUUUGGAUGCAGCUGUAGAAGGUGUAGCUCCUGCCGAUGUGGAAGUGGAACCUGCAGAUGAUUCCCUCUUUAAUGACAAUUUAGGGGCAGAAAUACUUGCAGCUGAUGACCCAGCUGCCGACAAACCUGAAGUGGACGCCCCUGAAGCGGAUGGUGCAACAGCAAAAGAGCCAGAGACAAAAAGCGACAGUCCCGCCGUAGACACCCCUGCUGUGGAAGCUUUUAUAAGUGAAGCAGUAACCGAGACACAACCGUCUGAUGAGGACGCUGCCACCCAGGAGAAACCUGAAUCUGAUGAAGCUGUCACCCAGGAGAAACCUGCUGAAGAAGAUAUCGCCCCGGAGAAAACUUUAGAUGAAGCUGACACCCAGGAGAAACCUGCUCAGGAGAAGGAAGAAGAAGACAAUGAAAUCAAACCAGUCCCAACAGAACAGGCCCUGAACGCACCAUUGGCUCAGGAAGAGAGCAGCAGUUGGAGCUUCAACUCUAUCAGAAGUAGUUUCCAGACCGUGAACGGCUACUUCGACUCCCUGGUGGAGCUGGUGGGGGGACAGGAUGGCGUGUGUCAGUACCGCUGCAGAUACGGAGAGAUUCCUCAGUCUCGUCCCGGCUACCAGCUCCCUGAGCCCAACGGCUGCAGCUCCUCUCUGGUUGGAUUCCAGGUGAAUGAUGUUCUCGACAUGGGGAUCCCGGCGAUGACAAAGUGCUGCGACCAGCUCGACAUGUGCUACGACACCUGUGGAGCGGGCAAGUACGACUGUGACUCCAAGUUUCGCUCGUGUCUGCAUGACAUCUGCUCUGACGUCAACAAGAGUCUGGGCUUUGUGUCCAAAGUGGAGGCCUGUGAAUCGAUGGCCGACACUCUCUUCAACACAGUGUGGACUCUUGGUUGCAGACCUUACAUGAACAGCCAGAGGGCAGCGUGUGUCUGCGCGGGAGAGGAGAGGGACGAACUGUGACACAGUGGAACAAGAACUCCUGGACGCUUUAACAAAAAAAA